AUGCCCCAGCCGGCGAUCUGUCAUCGGUCUGUCCUGCUGACCAUCGUUCUGGCCACUCACUGUCCUGCAGUAGGUGGAUUGUUUGAGUGGUUGAGACAAACGGAGAGCCCACCUGCAGCCACUUCACCACCAACUGCACGACUACCUGCAGCAGUUGCCCCUCCAUUUGAGAUGACUGUCAUUGAUGAGAAGUUUUUGGAUGAGGCAAAACAGAUGGAGCUCAGCCCAUUGGAGAACUGCCACUACAGGGUGGUUGCUCAGCUAAAAUCAACCUGUCAAAGCCUGACAGAAGAGCAGCUUGCCAAACUAGGGGUAGUACUAUUUAACUGUCAGGCUGAAAUUGAGGGGCGCAGGACCUACCCUUGCACGGAGGAAAUGACUAUUAAACAGUGUACAGCAGACAUGGAUGCAGACACAUGGAAUGCAUACCACAUAGUGAGCAACCGAGCCCGCUCUGUGUGCUAUGCCACUCGCCAGCAGCAUUUCAGACGCAGGGCAGAGCUCACUGUCAAUUCUCUCAUCUCUGCAGCCACCAGCCAGCUAGAUGCUAUGCAAGACCUGAAGGAGGGCCAGCUGGAGCUGAAGGAGCUGACUGCAGCCUCCCUGGAAAAGCUUCUGCAGGGCCACAGUGCUUUGCAAGCCCAGCAGGGGGAGCUGUGGGAAGGUCAGGAACAACUAGAGGGUUCCCUGAGGGCCAACCUGGAGCAGCUGAGCCAGGAGAAGGCCCUAAUUGCCUCUGGACAAGAGCUAAUAGCUCAGCUCAUUCGGGGCAUAGUGCAGAAAAUGGAGAAUGUAAGUAAGCAGUUGAAGGGCCAGGACUCCGAGAUGGAGGACAAUCACAGGGCUGUUAUUCAAGACUUGGCAGAUGUCAGAGACAGAGCACAAGACAUCUACAGUAAAAUUGACCAUAGUAUGUUGGGGUUUCUCCAGUACCAGGAUCAGACGGCACAGUACUACACCGAUCUAAUGAGCAAACUGGAGCGCAUGAAUGCCACCCUGGGCUUCAUGUUCCACUACCUUGACAACAUGCAGAACCAUAUAGAUGAGAGGCUUCAUAUGAUCCAGGGUUAUCUUGGCUGGGCAGGUGUGAGCCUGACCGCCAUGUGGACAUGUAUAGUGCAUAUGGGCUACUUCCUACUGUGUGCGGUCCUGCAGACGUUCUUGCACUGUAAAUUUUUCUCUCGAGUCAUGCUGCUGCUCGCUGUGCCCCUUAACGCAGUGGCUGAGGUCAACAAGCUGCCUGCACUGGAUCUCACAGGCCUUAUCCUUUUACUAUUCUUACUCUCUCUGGGUCAUUGGUUUGUGAAUCGGUUGCUGAGGGCAUGCAUUCAGAUAGGAGGGAAGUCAGCCAGCCUGCCCACAUGCAGAACUGUGGAACCAGAGAAGCAUUGUGUACCAUGUCCAUCCUCCUCUACACCGCAGAGAGAUGAAUUCAAUGACCCCAUUGAGAGAGAGGACCUGUUCAAUACAAAUGGCUUCAUUUCUGGUGAUCCCUAUUUGUCGGCCAUCAUUGAUGGUAUCCCCAUGAAGAAUUUGGGUGUUGCCUUUGACUCUCCAAGUGCUAUCCAAUCACUAGUCAGCAACAGCUCUCCGGCAGGCCGUCAGUUGUGCAAUGGCAUCACAAAGACUGGGAAGGCUUGCAAGAAGAGAGCCACGCUGGGACAGGAGUACUGCAGAGUUCAUGAAGGAGGUUGCACCUCCUAUGUUAACACAUAA